GGAGGGGAAGCUGUCGAAGCAGGAGAAACGAGGGGAGAAGGGAGACAAAGCGCGCUCCCUCCUUCUCACACACACUCAUUCACCUCGUAAACAGCAGUCUGAAGCAGAGCUGGAGCGGAGGAGAAUGGCCAGUGUUUUAACACGAAGGGGAACUGCAGCAGAGAGGGGCUUCUAGUAGGACCAGAGUAGGGAGUUCUGCUCAUCACAUACUUUCCUUCUUACCACACACACGCACCCACGCGUAAAAGCUCGCGUGAAGCCCGGCUGUCAGGCUGGACGGGACGGCAAGGACACCCACUUCGCACACUCACACACAUGCCCGCACACUCACAGAGACGCAGACUUUGGAGCGUACCAUGGUGGUCCAGGGAGCUGUGACACCCGGGAGAACCCGCAGGCUGAUGCUGAAGCUGCCGGUGGGGACUCUCCGGAGAAACAGCGGAGAGAGGAUGACAGAGGGAAGGCGGUGUCAGGUCCAUCUACUGGAUGACAGGAAGCUGGAGCUCCUUGUACAGCCCAAACUGAUGGCGAAGGACUUGCUGGACCUCGUGGCUUCCCACUUCAAUCUUAAGGAGAAGGAAUACUUUGGAAUUGCAUACACAGAUGAAACGGGCCACUUCAGUUGGCUUCAGCUGGACCGAAGGGUAUUAGAGCAUGAAUUCCCCAAAAAGUCUGGUCCUAUUGUUCUCUACUUCUGUGUCAGGUUCUACAUUGAAAGUAUUUCCUACCUGAAGGACAAUGCAACAAUUGAGCUAUUCUUUCUCAAUGCAAAGUCCAUCAUAUACAAGGAGCUCAUUGAAGUGGACAGCGAGGUGGUCUUUGAAUUAGCCUCCUACAUCCUGCAAGAAGGUAAAGGGGAUUUUACCAGCGAUGAUGCAACGAAGUCUGAUCUGAAAAAGCUCCCUGCUCUGCCAACUCAAGCUCUUAAAGAGCACCCAUCUUUGGCUUAUUGUGAAGACCGGGUAAUAGAGCAUUACAAGAAGCUCAGUGGGCAGUCUAGAGGGCAGGCUAUUGUUAAUUAUAUGAGCAUUGUGGAAUCUCUGCCCACAUAUGGAGUGCAUUACUAUGGUGUAAAGGACAAGCAGGGGAUCCCUUGGUGGCUGGGUCUAAGCUAUAAAGGCAUCUUUCAGUAUGACUACCAGGACAAAGUGAAACCAAGGAAGGUGUUCCAAUGGCGUCAGCUAGAGAACCUCUACUUCAGAGAGAAGAAGUUUUCAGUGGAAGUUCAUGACCCCAGGAGGGCGUCGGUAACAAGAAGGACGUUUGGACACAGUGGCAUUGCUGUGCACACCUGGUACGCCUGUCCUGCCCUCAUCAAGUCCAUCUGGGCCAUGGCUAUCAGCCAGCAUCAGUUCUACUUGGACCGCAAGCAAAGCAAGUCAAAGAUCCAUGCUGCACGUAGUCUGAGCGAGAUCGCGAUAGAUCUUACAGAAACAGGAACUUUAAAGACCUCCAAACUGGCCAACAUGGGCAGCAAGGGCAAGAUUAUCAGUGGCAGCAGUGGCAGUCUGCUCUCCUCAGGCUCUCAGGAAUCAGACAGUUCCCAAACUGCUAAGAAGGACAUGCUGGCAGCACUGAGGGCCAGGCAGGAAGCUCUGGAGGAAACCCUACGGCAGAGACUAGAGGAACUCAAAAGCAUCUGUAUCAGAGAAGCGGAACUGACAGGAAAACUUCCAAAGGAAUAUCCUCUGGAUCCCGGAGAGGAGCCACCCACAGUGAGGCGGAAGAUUGGCACAGCCUUCAAACUGGAUGAGCAGAAAAUCUUACCAAAGGGCGAGGAGGAGGAGCUUGAGCGUUUGGAGCGGGAGUUUGCCAUUCAGUCGCAGAUUACAGAGGCGGCCAGGCGUCUCGCCAGCGAUCCUCACGUGGGCAGCAAGAAGCUGAAGAAGCAGAGGAAAACUUCUUAUCUUAAUGCACUGAAGAAGCUCCAGGAAAUUGAAAACUCUAUCAACGAGUACCGGGUCCGCUCUGGCAAGAAGCCCACACAGAGGGCGUCACUUAUCAUAGAAGAAGCCAAUAUUUGUUCUGAGGACAGUUCAUUGUCUGAUGCGCUGGUCUUAGAUGAUGACGAUCCUCAAGUUACAGGUACCCCAACCUUCUCUCCUGUAGCAUCGCCUCAUAAAGGCCUCCCUCCACGACCCCCCUCCCACAGCCGGCCUCCCCCCCCGCAGUCCCUGGAUGGACUGCGACACAUGCACUACACUCGCUCUGACUAUGAUAAAUCUCCCAUCAAACCCAAGAUGUGGAGCGAAUCGUCACUGGAUGAGCCCUACGAAAAAGCAAAGAAACGCUCUUCUCACUCGAGUCACAGGCGUUUUCCAAGUUCUGGCAGUGCCGAAGCAGGGGGCAGCAACUCCCUUCAGGGCAGCCCGAUCAGGAGCACUCCUCACUGGAACUCUCAGUCCAGUAUGCCAUCAACACCGGACCUGAGAACUAGAAUUCCACACUAUGUACAUUCCACCAGGUCAGUGGACAUCAGUCCCACACGUCUGCACAGUCUCUCUCAGCACUUUAGGAAUCGCAGCUCCAGCCUUGAGUCCCAGGGCAAACUGCUGGCGUCCGAUCCUGAUGCACAUCUGCACACCGUGGGCAGUCCCGACUUUUUCCUUGGUCCGGGACGAGGCUCCAAUGGCUCUGACCCACUGGAUGACUGUUCAUCUUGCACCAGCCAAAGUAGCUCAGAGCAUUAUUGCCCCUCUGGCGGACCUCCUGGCAGCAACCCAAACUACUCUACUCUGGGAGAGGACUCACCUUCCAAAGCCAGGCAGAGACAACGGCAAAGGCACAGGUCUGCUGGUCACUUGGGUUCUUCUAACUCGGGCUCUAUGCCAAAUCUGGCAGCUAAAAACGGCUCCAUUGGAGGCUCAGGUGGAGUUGGGAUCGGAGGCGGGCAUCAUGGUGUUUACCUCCACAGCCAGAGCCAGCCCUCCUCUCAGUAUCGCAUCAAGGAGUACCCUCUAUAUGUGGAGGGCAGCUCCAACGGUGUGGUGGUGCGCAGCCUGGAGAGCGAUCAAGAGGGUCAUUACAGUGUGAAGGCCCAGUUUAAGACCUCCAGCUCCUACACAGCCGGCGGACUUUACAAGGAGGCCUGGGGUGGAGAGGAGGGAGGAGAGGGAAGCGGCCGGCUCACGCCAUCUCGAUCUCAGAUUGUACGGACUCCAUCGUUAGGGAGAGAGGGUGGCGGAGGAGGGGGUAGGGCAGCGGUGUCUGAGGAGCUGCGUUAUUGGUACCAGAGGUCUUCAGGGAGUCUGAAAGAAAGAAGCCACUCACAUUCAGGAUCCACAUCUUCUGAGACUGGGUCACAGCAAGGCACUCUGGGACAUGGACGGGGUAGCAGAGUUGGAUCACUCGCCAAGGGCUCACCAGCUGCGUCCCCUCACAGCCAGAGGAGUCUGACACCAUCCAACGAGCACCCAACCACGCCCACACCGCCCUGUAGCCCACAGCACAUCAUCAACUGGAAGAGUGGAGGCACAGCAGACAGCUCUCCUACUGAGGACGUCUGUCAGUCUCCCCCUCAGCCCAGCUCUGACGCAUAGAGGUCUUUUAGUGACAGCUGUUUUCUCAGAAGCCCCCUGUGCUCAGAGCUGGCAGAUGUGCAGUGGUACGGAAAAGACAAGGCCAAACCUGGGACAUUGGUCUGAGACCUCCCUUGUAUGGCCUACAAAACAAUCUGUUUUCCUCUUUGUCCCUCACUGCUACCCAUCGACAACCAACAACCUCAUCCAGCCCAGACCUGACCCCAUACAAGCCUCUGUCCCUCCCCGAGUUUCACCACCUGUUUUUUAUGGCCUGUCUAUCACAGCUCAGCUGGACAGGGACGCACUCGCUGGGCUUUGAUAAGGGCUGGUUUGUCAAGAUAGACUGAGAAGUGUUGAAGUGUGUCCCCCCAUCCUUACAACACUAUAGAGUUCUUUCUUUAGUCAGUGUCUGGAGCACACAUGCAAGGGGACAAGAGCGUGAAAGGACAGAGCACAGAAGAAUAUCAGAAACACAAUAAACCCAACAACGGCUGGUCGACGGCCUGUUUUAUACCGCAUCCUGCACCGCUUCAGUGCCAGCCACCCAGUCUGAAGAUACAUGCUGGAUUUGAGCCACCGGUCUCCUAACGAACUGUAUUGCAUUAUGUUAUUCCCAUAAAAAUUGUUUCCUUAAUUUCUUUAUGCAUACUUACAAGAAGAGAAAAUUUCAGAUAUUUGUAGGAAUAACUGGUAACAUAAUUCCCAGGUAGAUGUCAUAACAGAGUAGCCAGUCAGCAAUACGUGAGUGAACCCCUGGUAACCAUAUUAGGAUGUUGUCUAGGAGAGACACAGACGAGGACUAUAGCAAUAAAGAACACUGUAAAAGGUUUUCAAGUGGUUUUAUUCAACAGUGAAACUUAAACAAGCCUUUUUCCUAAAGCUUGGAGUGAAGGAUCUUUACUGUUAUUGGUAGGAUUUGGAGUUGGAUCUUUUUGGAUAUGGCCUUGAUCUGCAGUUCUUUGGACUUGAACUUUGGCCACAAGGUUAUCAGUCUCAGAAGAGAACCAUACAGGUGCAUCUCAAUAACUUAGAAUAUUGUCUACAAGCAAUUUUUCUUGUCAGAAAUUUCAGUUCAAAAAUUGAAGCUCAUAUAUAGAUUUGUUACAAACCUGUUAUCAUAUUUCUAGUUCAUUUCUGUUUAUUUUGAUAAUUCUGGCUCUAUGGGGUUCAGGUCAAGGCAGUUUGCUGGUCAAUUAAGCACAGUGAUAUCACAGUUAUUAAAGCAGAAGUACUUUUGGCAGAAGAUCCAGAUGCCAAGUCCUGCUGGAGAAUGAAAUCAGCAUCUACAUUAAGUUUUUACGCAGAGAGAAGCAGGAAGUGCUCUAAAAUGUCCUGGUAGACAGCUGCUCUGACUUGAAAACAGUGGACCUACACCAGUAGAUGACGCGGCUCCCCAAAUCAUCACUUACUGUGGAAACUUUACGCUGGACCUCAAGCGACCUGGAUGCCAGUGCCUCUCCACUCUUCCUGAAACAUAAUACCUUUUCAAUGAUAAUAUAUUUCUUUGGGAUGCACCUGUAUGAGGUCAGAGCACAGGGUUUAUCGGAGACAUUGUUCUGGUUACAUCCAGUCACAGACACUGUACUGUUUUGUUUCAGGUUUUCCACCUUUUAAUUUGUCAUCACCUCACAGUAGAAUAUAAUUGUUAAAGUCUGUUUGUUCUACCUUAGAGUUUCAUCUUGAAGCUGCUCAGUGACUGUUGUGAACUGUUUGUAUGGUGUGGCCCCUACUUUUGUCCUCCAGUUUUAAUUCAAACCCAUGUUUAUUCUGCUGUCUGUUGAUCCCUUUAUAGCGCUGUGUUUUCUGCCCAUCCUCUGAGCAAGUUUCACACAGGCUGGUGCUCUGCAUUUGUACUGUAACUUACAAUCGAACCUAUUUCAGACAUAAAACGGACUCCAUCCAGUCUCCUCUGUCUGAAGCCAUUCUAUAAAACAGCAGCCAGGAAACACUCAACAAAUCCAACUUCUUUUAUUUAAAUAUACUCCUGUCUGAAAGCACAACAUUUACAGUAUAUUUAGGCUGGACCUGCAGUUACUGUGUUCUCUUAUCAAGUGUAACCAUUAACGUUUCGGUCAGAAAAAGCCACCCUCUCAGUGCAAAAGAGAAGAUAUGGCCAGAGGUGAGCAAUAUUUAUAAAUCCUUAUAACUCCUGUCCCAAUCAAACAUUCAGAACAGGGUUAGAAAAGCACACCUGGUCUUUAAACCAGUUUCCCACAUGUCGCUGACAAAUCCCAGUGGUGCAAAAAUAAUACCCUCCAUUGUUUGUUGUAGCACAAAAUUGUAAUUUAUUAAAUGUUUAUUUUUCAAAUAUGACCCUUAUGACAUGAAUAUGGUUUAAUCAUAUUGUUUCAUUAAAACUGGAUCAAAGAUUUGCUGUUUUGUUUGGUUGCCUGCGAAUGGUACGAAUCUCAUGAUGCCCUUCAUAAUGUUGUGUUUCCCUAAUAAGUUAAACGUUUAAACAACUUCCAGCUCUAAGUUAUUUUAACAAGCAGGUGCAGCCCACUCUCUAGGUGCAUGUCUACUCCUCCAAUAGUCAUCCAUCCUUGCUUGGUCAAUUUUAAUACGUCUUUAUGCAAGAUUAGAACCAGCAAUCAUGUUUAGCAUCUGAUAGAGAGCAGUCAGGUUUGAUUUCCCCCUAUUAAUGUCAAAGCAUUAGUUUGUGUGCUAAAGAUCACCCAAUCUCAUGCAUGCAAAUCCACUGACAAAAGACCUCAAAUGCAGCACCACUUCUCCUCCUGCUAAAAUGAACUGUUAUUGUUAAAUCGUGUUAAUCAGAUCCCCACAAAGAACUGUUUCGAUCCUACUAUAACCUCUGACCUCUGAGCUUGUUGUAAACCAGUGUCAAAACCUUCUGUAAUUCCACAAAACAAACUUUCCCUGCCCCAUGAUCAUGUUUGAGGAUUUGUGUAAUACUCCAACACAGAGGAGUAUUUUCACGUAUGUUCAGAGAGAAGCUGUUAGGGUUUGUGGGCUUUUUAACUCACAUUCUUUGUUUUAACAUUUUAUAUGAACCAGUAUUUCAGUUUUUUUCCUAACACUGAAAAACCCUUUCAGGUGCUACAAAAUGACCAGUUACUGCUUUGUCACGUAGGAUCUAGACAUCUGUCCAUUCUUACAGAUAGUCAAAAUGAAGCUUAUUUUAACUGGCAGUUUAACAUUAGACCACCUCCUUAACCAGACAAUAGAGCAUGUAACUUGAGUUUAUCAGUUCUCUUCAGCUGUAAUAUUACAUUAAAGGGGUUGUAGAAAAAAACGUGGAAUUGAUUUAAAAAAAAAAAAACAGAAUUCCACCGUUAAUUUAUUCUUUUUUUCUAUUAAGAAUUUGUAUAGUAACUUUACAUUUUGCAAAACUGUGUUGUUGGAAAUUAAUGCUGAAUUUUCAAGAUGAGAAGCCGUGGUGGUUCCUGAGAGUAAGAAAAUAAAUUAUUGAUGAAUGUUCUCAA